AUGAAGUCCUCGCUGUCGCUGGCCGCCCUCGCGUUGGCUGGCACCGUUGCUGCUGACGACUUUCUCUACAGCAGGCGUCUGGCUAAGCGAUUCAUCGACGAAGAGGGUCACUACAACGUCUCCUUUUUCCACGUCAACGAUGUCCAUGCGCACCUGGACCAGUUCUCCUCGUCGGGGACAACCUGUGAGGACCCAGAGGAGGGCUGCUACGGUGGCUACGCGCGUAUCAAGACCAAGGUCAACGAGCUGCGCGAACAGUACCCGGACAACUUGUGGCUGAACGCCGGCGAUGAAUUCCAGGGCACCCUGUUCUAUUCGUACUAUGGCGGUGAGAAAAUCGCCGAGACCAUCAAUGACCUCCAUUUCGACGCCAUGACCCUGGGUAACCACGAGUGGGAUGGGGGUGACGAAGCGCUAGGCGAGUUCCUGCUCAACCUGACCUUCCCGGUCGUGUCUUGUAAUGUCAAGAGUGAGGUCCCGUCUCUCAAUGAGACGAUCAAGAAUUACCACAUCUUCGAAGAGCACGAGCUUGCUGUCAUUGGCGCCACCACUACUACGACACCCUCCAUUUCCAGCGUUGGCAAUACGACCACCUUUCUCGACCCUGCCGAGGAGGUCCAGAAAGCCGUCUGGGAGAUUCGUAACACCACCGACGUCAACCGCAUCGUCCUUCUCUCCCAUCUCGGCUAUGAUGUCGACCAGGAGCUUGCUGCGCAAACCGAGGGUAUCAGUCUGAUUAUCGGAGGUCACUCUCACACUCUUCUUGGAGACAUGGAAGACGCACAGGGCGACUAUCCAACCAUUGUCGAAGAUCUCAGGGGAAAUGAGGUUUUUAUCGUCACCGCGUACCGCUGGGGUGAGUACAUUGGUGCCAUUGACCUCACGUUCGACGACGAGGGCCGGGCCCUAGCGUACCACGGAGCCCCCAUCCACAUGGACAACAGCACACAGCUUGAUGAAGAGCUCGACGAGAAGAUCCAGGGAUGGACUGAGGCAUUCGCCGAGUUCGCCAACGAAGUCCUCGGCGAGACGGACACUGUGCUCGUCCAGGAGACGUGCCAGGACGGCGACUGUCUUCUCGGCCAGGUGAUGGCGGAUGCCAUGUUCGAGUACCGCUUCAACCAGACUGAGGGCACUGACGAGGAGCCGGCUCUGGCCCUGAUUAACGCCGGUGGUGUACGUGCUGAGAUCAACGCGGGCGAGAUCACCCGUGGCGAGGUCCUUACAGCCUUCCCUUUCGGCAACGCCAUUGUCGAGCUCGUAUUCUCUGGUGAGGAUCUGCGCAAGAUCCUCGAGGGCGCCGUCUCGUACCAGAACCAGUUCAACGACGAAGAGAUCAGCUCGUGGUUCCAAGUCUCGCGCGGUGUGCGUAUCGAGUUCAACCCGGACAAUGAUGCGGGCAGCAGGCUCGUCAAUGUGACCCUCAACGGCGAACCCAUUGACGAUGAGCGUGAUUACCGCGUGGUGACGCUGGACUUCCUGGCCGGCGGUGGCGACAACAUCUUUGUGGCGACGAGCGACUUCAUUACGCUGGAUACGCAGGACGAGGUGUUGACGCAGUAUAUCGAAGCGCGGACGCCGCUUUCGCCCGAGCUUGAGGAGAGAGUUGUGGGGAGUGACGGACAGCCGACUGAGGAGCCGACCGAGGAUGAGGUCGUUGAGGAAGGCGAUGAGACUGGCAGCGGCGGAGAUGAAGAGACUGAGGGCGAGGAAGCACCUGAGGAUGCAGCUGGUAUGCUGGGUGCUCCCUUCUGGACCGCUGCUGCCGCCGCUGGCUUGGCUCUGAUGGCCCUGUAG